AAAAUAUUAUGAGGAAAUUGGUGAUUGUUUUCCCGAAUUAUUACGAUUAAAAGAGUUGUUAAAACUGGGUGCAUUGUCACGAUUUAUGCAAUCAAAGUAUGAAGCGACUAAAGACUAUAUUUGUACGAUUGAAAAGGAUACUACAAUUGAUGAAUGUUUAACAAAAAUGAAGAGGAAAAUUUCUGGUUAUACAGUAGAUGAAGAAGGUUUUAACAAAGUAUCCAAUAUGUUAUGUAAACAAUUUUAUUGUAAAAAAGGUGAUUUAAAACCGUAUUUAUCAAACUGGUUAUAUCAUAGUAACCAUCAACAAGCGCUAACAACAUUUAUUAAGCAAACAUUAAUAAAACGUAGAUCAAAGUUAAAAGAGACAAUGGAUAAAUUAGGUAUAUAUAUUCAAUCACAGAAUGUUGCUGAUGGCAAUGACAGUAUGAGUAAUGUACAUACACAGUGUUCAUGGGUACCAGCUGUAUUUUCAACGAAACAAACAAGUCAUAUUAAAGUAUAUGGAGGAGUAACUAAUAUACUGGAACUCGUUGAAGAGACAAACAUCAAAGCAAAUCAACAAAAACGUAGUAAACCGUAUGACGCAGUAAAGUCAUUCAAUCAAGGUGAAUCAUUCACCUCAGACUCGCUUCGAGGUUGAGUUUAAAAUAAGUAUACGGCAAUAAGUAACGUGAUAAAUAAAGUACGAUAUCGCGAUCACUUCUUGCUGUUUUUCAAGUAGAAGUGAGAGAUCUCCAAUGAUCAAAAUGAGAAAAAAAGAAAAUCAUUUCGAGUGUAGAAUCGAGAGGAGCAAUAUGGUGAUUCUAUACCUCGUCAUCAUCGGUAUCGUCAGAGUUUCAUGAUAUAUGGAUAUCAUAACUUUUCAACAAUGUGUGCAAUAUUUGUCAAGAUUGUGAAACUUGUAUAAAGACGUCACAUUUGAUAGUUAUCUCCUUUGAGACCAAUAUAUGUACUACUUUUUAGCGCUAUUUGAAUCAAUCAUAUUUUAUUAUCGAUUAGUCAUCACUCUUCUUCUUUCAUUCAACAUCUGAGCGUUUUUUUAGCUCUGUUCCAAUACUUUUCUCGAUCCGCUUGUCCGUUUGUACC